GCCUACAGGAAUUUGCUUUCAUGUGCAUGGCAAAUUGGCUAUGAAUAAACCCAUUGUUUGCAGUGAAUGAAUCAAAGACUUAGCCAGUGAAUAUAAUAUAAGUUUUAGCUAGCACUAAUGCAAAGCAAAUAGCUAUAGAGUACUAGUUUUGAGCUAUUUAUUUGUAGUUGGGAAACCGUGUGUGACCGAGCAAUUUGUGAGGAAUGCGAGCUCCAGUUGUAACCCUGUGUCUUGUAAUCAUACUCUGGCCGCACUCAUUAUGCAAGCCUGCAUCAGGAGCUGCAAUACCGGACCACAACUCACCACAAGAAGCUCCCCUCCAGCUCUGCGACGAGGAGGAGGAGACCCCGGGGGAACAACUGGCUGAUCAUGAGCAAAGAAGGAAGGAGGUUCUGAGAGAGGAGAUACUGUAUAAACUGGGCUAUGAGCAGCCACCAGAAGAUCCUCCAAACGAUCUGAUGAUCAGUGAAGAGGACUUUGCUAGUUACACUGCUGCAGUUGCAUUAGACGAAACCAUUGUAGUUGGGCAAAGGGCUCAAGAGACGAUGGAUGGUUGUAAAGAGAAAGAGACGUUUUACGCAAAAGAGGUUAAACUCUUCUUUCCAUCCCAUUUUUAUGGGGACCUCCCCUCUGUGAAUAUAUUUGAUUGGGAUUCAAUUCUAAUUGCCAAGAGAUACAGACGAGACAAAGACAACAAAGACGAUAAAGACGAUAAAGACGUUGUUAUUAAAACAGAUCCUAGACUCAAACCUGCAACCACCACUGCUGUAUACGAACCCACCAGCCCCACCCCCCCUCUGCCUGAGGACCUCCUCAGUGCCGAAAUGAAGCACUUAUCUGAGCUCCUCGCUCCAAUUCGAUAUACUCUGAGCUUCAAUGAUGUACACUUGCCAACACAAACCGAGGUCUGGUCCGCAACUUUGCAGCUAUACAAACGCAAAAUUAUCUUCGAUAGCGAAUCAGUUAAAAGAACACCUAAUCCGACGGAAAAUAUUGAAAUCUAUUGGAAGUCGACUUUUAUUGAUGAAAAUGGGAACUACAUUAGCUACCCAGUGUUAAUAAAAUCACAAGACGUCAGAACAGAAGAAGAUCAGUACAUAUCAUUCGACGUUACAGAAGGCGUGAGAAGAUGGCUUAGUGACGGAUUAAGCGUCCCAUUAGAUUUUGAAGUGGUUAUUCGUUGUUCAGAAACUGUAGAUACAGGUCUCUUGUACCUACCAACUGUGCAAUUUGAUGUCCCCAAUUCUUCACGAGGUAAGGGUUCGAAGGACGCUAAUUUGGUUAUUAAAGUUAUUGCGGAGAAUCACAAGAGAAAUAGCACAAGAACUAAGCGCCUGUCAACUGUUGGAAUCAGUAGGGAAUUUUGCUUAGCAAAUCCAGAAGAGGAGAACUGUUGCAUAAAGCAAACUACUGUGAACUUUCACAAAGACUUGAAUUUUACGUGGAUCUUAGCACCUAAAACAUUUCAAUUUACAUACUGUGCUGGAUUAUGUCCCAGGAUUUGGCCAUCAGGUACUACAAACUUUGAACUUCGAGGACAACUCAGAACAAUGAACCCAACUGCAUCACCUGAGCCGUGUUGUGUGCCUCAUGACACCAGCUCGUUAACUGUACUCCUCGUUGGGGAGGGUCAAAAUCUAGAAUUGCAUAAGCUAACUGGAAUGGUAGUAGACUCGUGUCAAUGUAGAUAAGAGCUGGUCAUCCUUAAUUUAAUUUGCAUUGAUUUCCUAUUUUCCCAAAUCCAUAGAAGUUUACUGUUA